GUAUUCACGAAUUUAUCUUAAAUAGCAAAAGCAUCAGAUUGAAUUAUUCACUCUCGAGCUCAGUGUGAUGAAACAUAUUUAUCGUGAACUUGAAAUUUUGUUUAGCGAAUGAGGGCGCUUCCUGCCCCCCGGAAUAACGACACCGAAAAAUCGCGGUCGUUUGAUUCUUUAAAACAUAACGGUAGAUGGCGGCAUUAGGUCUUCUGUUGUCAUUAAAAGCGCGCCCACUUUCUCUACUCUGAAAAAAGGUUUCCUGGGUAAUCUAUUCGUAGCGGAAACGGCGAGUCAUUGGCUAGCGAAUGCGAGUUGCUCCUCGUGAUUGGUGAUCUGUGUUUACAGGCCUGUUCGCUUGUUUCGAGAAUCCAUUACACACUCUCAAACCGCGGCAUUAAAAAGAGAGCAAAACUCGCCAAAGGACAUCAUCGGAAAUUAUGUAAAAUGACAUCGAAUUUUAUGGAGGGUGUUCUAGGGAGUAAAUUCCCACCUGAUCCAACCUCUAGUUACGGGCAACACAGGAUGUAUCCCUAUGUAUCACUCUCCCCCCAAAGUAGCAUGUCCGUCUCAGGAAACCUCUACUAUACGUCGAAUGCCGAUUUUGCCAAGAGUUGCCGGUACAACAGCACCCAGGCGAACGGACUGGAUGGGCCCGGCUAUUCAUUUGGCUUGCAAAAUGCGGGCCCCGGAGCCACACCAACCAUGAUGACCCCUGGUCAGUUUUUCACACACCCCGCAUCGACGGACCUCAGCUCGUCUAUCACCUCCUGCAACCAACUAGGGAUGCGACAACUGGAUCCCAUUCCGGAUGUCCCGCGUUACCCUUGGAUGUCCAUAGCUGCCCUGAACUUUGCAGGACCGAAUGGCUGUCCUCGCCGGCGAGGAAGACAAACCUACACCCGAUUCCAGACGCUGGAACUUGAGAAGGAAUUUCACUUCAACCACUACUUAACACGCCGACGGCGUAUAGAAAUUGCUCACGCCCUGUGCCUCACCGAGCGACAAAUAAAGAUAUGGUUCCAAAAUCGACGCAUGAAGCUCAAGAAAGAGAUGAGAGCCGUCAAAGAAAUCAACGAACAAGCUCGUAUGGAAUCCUCCAAAGUCAAAGAGGAGGACAAAGACAAGAAUGGAGUAGACCACCAAGCCAAGAGGGAGGACAGGAAGUCCUCAUCUGAACACCCACCUUCCAUCAUCACUUCUCCCACAUCUCUCAUAUUAGAGGACAAAAUCAGAAAUCCGAAACCAUAAUUAAAUAACAGGUACAACCGUAAUUAAGUAACUGGUAUGGUGAACAAAAACACCAUCUUUAUGCCAUAGAUACGUUCCAUAUUUUGGAGUUGCAUAUACGUAUUAACACAAUCUUAACAAUGACAUUAAUGAUAUACGUGUGAUUAUUAUCGGUGAUCGUACUAAAUAUACGUACUUGCAUUGCAUACCCGAUACGUAAGAACUACUUAAACGAACUGUUGCCGCAAAGUAUUAGCCAAGAGUCUUCGAGAAAGAACAGAUGAGUGUGUUUGCAGUUUGUUCAUAUUCCACACGCAUCUUACAAACUUUGAUGUUCUUUCUUUGUGUAAGUAUUGUCAUUUAAUUUUUGAGAGAUUUUCGUAAACAUUUUAAUUUAUUAAAUUCUUUUUCGCAUUCUGAACUAAUAAAAUGGCAUGCCGUGUGUUUAAAGAGGAGAAUCAGUAUGCUUUUUCAUUGAGUACGUCUGCUCACUCCUGGUGCAAUGAACUAGUCUCUCAGGAAAACAAAAAAACGUAUGACACCCCCCAUCAAAAUGUUGUAAACACCCUACAUUUCACACCACAAAUCUUACAGCAUCAGUUUUGUUUGUGAUUAGUUUUCUUAAUUGUUAUUUUGUGGUAUGCUUAUUAUUUAUAAGCAUACCGCAAUUCUUAAGGUGUUGUGUCAUGUUUUGUUGUUAUGUAGCCUACGAACAAUAAUUUGAUUUAGUACUUAAGUUUGGAACUAUUUCCAUUGUUAAAUUGUUGUUUUAUUGGUUUUUCUCAUCCAGUUCGAUGCUUUAAGUUCCAGAAAAGGAAGAAAAGAAUGUGAUUUGUACGUGUUUGGACUCGAUUAUUCACAGUAUUUUCAGAACAUAGUUUUUGAUGUAUUAUAUAUUCAACAAUAUUCGUACUGUAAGUUGAAAAAAAAGUUAUGUAGUUUUAAUGAUGAAAUAAGGAAAUGAAAUGAGCAUAUAUUCUAUGAUUUUAUUAUAAUUAUUUACAUCUCAAGUUCAUUGAAAUGUUAAUUAAUUAUUGAAUUAACUAGGCCAAUUUUUAGAAAUCUUAUCUUGCCCUUUUUAUUUAAAUUUAAUACAACAAUUUACAUUUGCACUUUAACAUCAUAUAGUAAUUUAUUUUUAAUCCUAAACUUGCUUUAUACUUACACCUAAAUUGAUUUCUCCUUUUUAAAUCUAAAUUAGGCACUUAACUUUAAACAUCUUUUAGUCAUUAAUGUGUUAAGGCCGACGCUAUGUUUGGCAGUUUAAGGAAGAAAAAAUAAAAUGGAAAUAUUAUGAAUGAAAUAAGUAACACAUAUAAAAGAUAAAAUGAAUAAACUUGAUCAGAAUAUAAAUGUAAGGAAAAAUAUUAAGAAUUUUAAUUAGCUAUUUUAUUAAUCAACUUGCUCAAAACAUCCUGAUAUUUUUUUCAUAAUGGAGGUAUUAUGAAUAAGCGUCUUAAGUGCUUUACAAUAAAACAGCAAAUAUGAAUUUCAAAUUUUAUAAAAGCAUUGCUCAAAAUUUCGUUUUUGUUCGAUUACAUAUGAUAACAAUAUAAUAGUAAAAUAGUUAAUAUUGUGGCGGAAUGUGUGAAACGGAAGAUGUACAUCGUAAGGACAUUAAUAUACAAUCAGUAAUACACAGUUUUAAUACACACAAAUGAUUGGAAAUUUAAUGCCCUGUCACUGGAUUAUAUUACAAUCUCAAUAUUGUGGUAUAUCACAUGGAAGUAUGAAUGCUCAACAAUAAAUCAUGAUAUUUUCUAAUUUAAUUAAUUUAAGUAAAUUGUAAUUUGGCCAAUAUUUUUUAACGAAAUUAAAUUUAUCAACAAUAUCACUGGAUUUGAUAAUUUUUAUCUGCACUCAAUAUAUAAUUCUAUUCAUUAUUUAUUACUGUGAUAAUGAUCGUGCUAUCAUCCUUGUUGAUAACUAUCGUUGCUUGAAAUGGUAUUCACGAUUUAUUGUUACCGUUUGGAAAACCUCCUUUUCGAUAUGUUGCUAAAUUAUCCAGCUCUAUUGCAUAUCGCAUACAAAUCUUAUUCACAAAAAAAUCCUCUUUCUACCAUAAAGAUCAAUAUUAAAAGUGCAAAAAUAUUUAAACAAGAAAAAUUAAAAAAUGAAUAACUUUUAAUUAAAUGUGUAAAAAACAAUUAUUAAAACUUUCAAUGUUUACAUGCUUAUGUAAAGUUAUGUUAAUGUUUCAAUAUUUAAAUUUUAAAUUAUUAAAAUGUGAACAAAUAACUUUUAUUUGAAAAUAAAAACAAUAUAUUCACAUUCUCAUUCACUUAAAUGUCUUAUUUUUCCAUAAUGCGAAAUAUUUAAAAUGUAAAUAUGUUAAAAAAAUAACUGAUAAUAAAUAUAAAAACAGGUAUAUAUUUGAACUCAUUCACACAAAUGUCUAAUUCUUGCCAUAAUACGCAAUAUUUAAAAUGUAAACUUACAAAAAAAAAAACUUUAAUUUGAAAAUAAAAACAAGAAUAUAUUCAAAUUCAUUUCCUUACGAGCAAGUGUUUCUGUCUGCAAUUUUUAUAAACCUUUAAUGAAGGUAAACAUUUAUUUCCUUGUAUUUAGGCUUUAUUUCUGUUUAUAUAUGACUGUUGAAAUGUUUGUUUAUUGCCGUGAAUCAUAGUUGGUAUUUUUUGUGAUAAUCUUUUUAUAUUAAAAAUUGUUGCUUUUAACUAUAAUUUUGGGCAAAUUUAAAACCCUGUGAUUUUUUUUUAAAUAUUACGCAUUCUUGUUACUAUUUUUAAACUAAAAUGGAAGCAAACGCUUAGAAUUAUUUCAGUUAUAAAGCAUUAUAUUUGUUGUAUUUGGUGAUAAGAUAAUAUUUGUCGUUUAGAUAAUUUAAUAUUAGUUAUUUACAGAAAUAUAAAGUUGUUUGUAACAUCUUUAAAAAUCAUUUGAAAGUUAUUAAAAAAAAUAUUUUCAAAACUAAUUCUGUUAAAAAUAUUGGUAUUAUAACUUAUUUAAUUCUUUAUGUUUUAAGGUCUUAAAGUGUAGAAAAUGAGCAUUAAAUUCUUUCAAAAACAUGUUAAACAUUGAUCACAUAUAUGAAGGUCUUAUAAAUUUGUAUAAUAUUUUCCAUAAUUUCAUAAUUUUCUUUUGUAUAUAGAAUAUUUUUUAUAAUAUUUUCUUUUGUAUGAAUGCUCGUGUCAUUGAAAGUCGAGUCAUUAAUUUCUUUAAAUAAAUUACUAUUUUAUAAAUAUAAAUUUACUUAUAAAAUUUAAUCAAUCACAUAAUUAAUUUAUAUCUUUUAAAAAUUAAUAAAUGAAUAAAAAUUAUGCAUUUUUAACUUUUAUUUUUUUUAUCAAAAAUCAAACAUUUUUAAACAUAAAUUCAUUUUAGAAGUGUAAUGUCUAUGAUACAAUUUGAAUGCUGAACAAAGAUUGCGUUGCAAUGCACGUUGAACCAUAAUAUCGUACAAAAUUGCUGCUUUUAUAAGAUGUUAAGUUGAACCCUAUUUUAUUAAAGUGGAGCCGUACUAUCGUAUGUAAGAAAUAUCAAUAAUAAGAAAUACUUUUACAAAGUUUAAAAAAAAAAAAAAAAAAAAAAAAAAAAAAAAAAAAAAAAAAAAANCACGAAAGUAAGAUUAACGAAAACAAGAUCCUUGGAAGAAAAUCAGUAGGAAAAAUAAGACUACUUUAAUAAAUAUAAGAAUUUAACGGCUGAUUUAAAUCAGGUAAUUGAAUACGGAUUUAAUGUAAUUAAAUACUUAUUUUCAAAUGUAAUUAAAUAAUUUUUGAAAAUUAAUUUAUAUGUAACGUUUAAUGUGAAGUUUGCGAAAAUUAUUAAUUUUAUAUUAAUUUUUUUAGUUUUAUGUAACACAAUUUAUAUAAUAUAUUUAAUAAUGUUAUUAUACAUAAUGUACUAAUUUGAAAUAGCCACUGAGGGGGUAAAUCUUGUGAAUAGUUAAAAAUAUUAAGAAAAACUAUGAGGCGUUUCAUUUUAAAACAUUUCUUAACAACACUACUAUUAUAGAUAUUAUUUUUAUAUUUUUUUAUCGCGAUUAAAUAUAAUUAUUGGAAUUUUGAAAAAAAUUUAGUGAUACUUAAGAGUCCUAAUAAUUUUGUUUUAUAUUAUUAUGAAGAACAAAAUGUUCCUUUCCAUGAUCAUUUCGACUAAUAAUUGCGUAUAAAUUAAGUUUUGAAGUCGAUUAAUAUUUAAUUAUAUAAAAUUUGAGCUCAAUGACAUUAAUAUUAAUCUGACAUGAUAUUCAUAAAAUUGUUUAAGUGCUCCUUUUUCGCUGGCAGCUUUUUUUUUCUUUUUCUUUUUUAUGGAAACAUCAGUUCAACAUUAAAAAAUUUAGUGUCGAUAUUAUGUUCAACGUGGCUUUAAAAUUUCUAGUAAUAUGAACUUUUAAGUACUGUUAUAACAUAAAAGGGUUAAAUUCAAUAUUGAUAUAUAUAUAAGCAAUACAAACAUACAACAUGUUUUCUAAUUCUUACUUAGCAAUGACGUCGUGAUUAUUUGUUGUAUUAAUAAAAUGCUUGUCAAAGAUAAGCCCUUAAAUUCUAAUAAGGAAUAUCUCUGUUAUUUUAUUGAAUAUUUUCAGCCCUCUCGAUCAUUUUGAAAAAUAGUGAAGGAAUGAUUGAGAUUUUUCUGAAUAUCAUUAUAUAAUUACGAAUAAAUUUUUUUAUUAAAAAAAUUUUUCUAUUUGUGUCCGGUGGCAAUAAGAAUAAUAUUUAUAUGUAAUAUAAAAACUUGCGUUAUCAAAACAAGAGUUAUUUUCUCGAUUCUUCAAGAAAAAAAAGAUUUUUGGGAUAUUUAAUUUCAGAACUUUUUGGGAAAGAUUUUUAGGAAUUACUUCAAAACAUAUUGAUUGGAGGAAAUUUUAGUAAUAUUUAAGACUCUUAUAUAACUAUUCAAUUAUUGUACACAUGCUCUACAACUAUGCAACUAUUGAAUUAUUGUGCGCAGUUUUAAUUACAUGAAUGUUAGAAAAAAAUUUCACAAAUGCAUUCAUUCAACAAUUAAAAAUCGCAUUAAGCCGUCAAAUUUUAUCCACAUAGCACAACAUUAUUUUAGAUGCUUAAUGCUUAAAAUUUUUGAUACGUUCCUAACAUUAAUGUCUCUAAGAAUCGAAAUUUUUUUAUUACUUCCAUAUCAUAAAUAACAUUUUGGCCCAGUCCUCAAUGUUUUUUAGAAGAAUUUCGUUCUGAUUAUUUUUGAAUCAGGUAUGAGCAACCAUAAUAAAUAACAAUUUCCAACCAGAUGAAAUAUUUCAAAUAAAAUAUCCAUAAGAAGUAUUCCAUAUUCUUCAAAGUGUUACAUUUCUAUGAUUUAAAGAUAUAUGUCCAGAACAACAUAAAAAUAUAUUAUGUUUUUGAGACGUUAACAUUAAUUAAAAUGUGCUGUGUUGGUAUUUAUAUUUCAAUUAUUUUUAAUUAUGUUUACAUAUUCCUAAAAAUCUAUUUUUCCUUGAAAAUAAAUGUUCUUUUAAAGAUGCUACCUUGUUUUGAUAAGACAUGUUUUUAAAAAAAAAAUGUAAAUUACGCCAACUGAAGCAUCAGUUGCUUAAAUAUACGUAUUUAUCUAUUGUAAUUGUCCUUCAAUGUUUUUGUCAGUGUACUUUUCUAUGUGUAUAGUGUUCACCAAAAACCUCUAUACUUCUCUUAAUUUAGGUGUAGAUCACGAAUCAAGUCUGUAAUAAACAUUUAUAUUCACUGUUAAUUAGGAACAAACAACCAUCAAACGAAUAGAUUAUUUUAACGCACAUACUACUCUUUUUUAAUUUUAGAUCAUGAAAAAAUUUCAUUUAUGAAAACACAAAAUAAAAACUUAGUAAGAUAUAAUGAUAUAUCAUUGCUACUUUAUACUUUUCCAAAUAAUAAAUAACAUUUCAUUCCUAAUUUAAAUAUAAGAAAAAAUAGUUUCAUAUUACAAAAUCAAAAUGUAACUAAAACAUGAAAGUUUAUAGCCAUACUUUAUAUUUCAAAAAAGGACUUUUUUUUUUUUACUUCCCUUCUAUUUCUAGGGUUUAGAGAUUUUGAAUUAACUGUGUUCUCCCGCUUACAAGUUAAUCUGCAAUCGACACUAUUUUAGCUGAUUUUUCUGUUGUAAUGUUCAAAAUUGUAAACUAAAAGAAAAAUUAGUCUUUCCUCUCCAAAAAUAAUAAUAUUUUUGCAUUAAUUAUCUAUCCAAAUGAUAAAUUAAUUGCAGAUCAACAAUUAUUUUUUAAUUAGAAAAUAGGAAAGGUUGAGAUGAUUAAUAAAUUUUUCCAUACAUUUCCCAUCAAAAUCUAAAUAUUUACUUCAUGAAGCUAAGAACAUGUGGCCUUCUAAAAGUAUACGUAUAUUACAUGCCUUAAAUAGCCUCGUUUAGUUACGUAUCCCACUGCUUGUGGUUGUAGAUCUGUACAGAUAAACCGAUAAAAUAAUAGCAAAUGAAAUAGGAUACUAAAUAAAAAGCAUCAAUUUUAAAUAAGAAACUUAAUAAUACAAAACAGAAAAUUAUUAUUAUGUAUUUAAGUAAGAAUUAUUAAUAUUAUUAUGUACCGAAUAUAGUAACAUCUUGAAAUGAUAAACAUAGUUUCAAGUAAGAUAAAACAAAGUAAGGAAAACGAAAUUGUUAUAAAAUCAUAAAAUGCGAUAAGCCCCAAUUUAUAUAAAAAGAGUAGACCAUAAUGUCAACGAAUGAAAUUAAAACAUUCUAUCCCCUUUAAUAUGCGAGCAUUUCUACUUAUUUCUUUGUGAAAGAUUUAAAAUUGGAUAACUGAGUUAAGCAGCGAAACUGGAACAGAUUAAUAUUAAUUAUUUUAAUAAUUAGUUAAUGAAAUUUAAUAAAUAAGAAUGUUUAUUUUUCUUAUUUUGAAAACAUCAACUAGUAUUUUUGAGACAAGGCAGGACUUUCAGCUUCAAAUUUUAACUACAUAAAUUUCAAAAAUUAUUAAUUAUAUAACUUUUGAAAAAAAAUUAUGAGGAGAAAAAUGAAUUUAAUUACGUGCUUCUACUUAAGGAGAAAUUAUGGAAAGUUUUUGAACACUUCAAGUUCUAGAUAAAAUACCAUUAAAAUUUUGACACCUUAUUCAGUUUUUAGUGAUUCCGAGACUUAUUGUUGCAAAUUUAUUUUAAAUGAAGACAGAGUUUUAUUUGUUAAUUAUUUAUGAAAAAAACGUUACCUUUUAUGCAAAUCUUAUAGCACAAAUACUUCAUGUAGGAUCCAUAUGAUUUCUAAAAUUUUUUUAAAAUAAUUUCUUGAAUAAUUAAAUUUUUUAUUAAAAGAGUUAUAAAAUUUGUAUGAUUAUAAAAUACUAUGCUAAUUAAUUGAAAAAAAAUAUUUUGGUAAACUGUUAAUUAGAUUAUGCAGUUGGUCUGAAAGAAGAAUUUUCGCCAACAAUCAACCUUUUAAGAUGUAAAAUUGUAUUUCCCUUAUCUGAGAAAAAAUACUACAAUGUCUGAUUCUAAAACGAAUAGUUAUAAAUGAAAAAAAUAUCGAAAAGUUUUUCCUAAAACAAAUAAUCGUGGAAAUGUAGUAACAAAGACAAUUUUUUAACAGUAACAAUGACACUUAUAUUUUAACAUUUUCACUUUCUAAUUAAUCUUCGUUUAACAAUGUAACAUAAUUUGUCGACCUAUUGUUCUUUAAUUACGUUUGUUAUGAAAAUUCUUUCAGAAUAGGAAGUAUUUCAUAACAGAUUUCUGUUAAAUUUGAUUUAAAUCAUGUAUUUAUUUUAAGUGUUAAUAUAGCUGUAUUGAUUGUCCUUUCAAGUUUUUAUUUGUGAUUUUAAACUAUUUCAUACUUGAAUACGUUAAAUUUUUUUGUCAAAAAAAUGCAAUAUUAUGUUUAUAUGUAUAUUUUCAAAAUUAUAAAAUUGAUGAAUCUAUGAAUUAUUGUUAAUGAAUUAAACAUGUAUUGACUGAUAUGUAACAGCAUUUUUUAUAUUUUUCAUCUAAGCAACUCUGAUUCUCAUGUUCAAAAUUGCUGCAAUAUUCUAUAAUGCUUUUAUUUGUUCUGACUUGAAAUUACAAUUAAAUAGUUACAAUUUGUCUUUA